AUGUCAUCGAUACUCAGACGAUCUCGUCGUCGUGAAUUAAUCCUCACCAAGUCAUUCACGAGCGCGAUUCAGGAAAAGGUUCACCCUCCGCAUCACAUUCCAGAGUUAAUAUCCAGCAGCCCAUUCACCGUCGGUCGCACCGAUUUUCGUCCUUCCUCGCCAUCAGCUUCAAUUGCAAAGUCCCCAGACUUCGCUCGUCCUUCUCUGACAUUUUCUUUAUAUCAUAGUCCGAUCUCCAACCUCCAACAUCAUCCCAUCCACACCCUUCCUCCUGAGCUUCUCAUUCGAAUCUUCGAGCUGGGUUCAUUUGAUGAUGCCCUAUUUCUUAUCACCAUUUCGCACGUCUGCCACCCAUGGAGAAUACUUGCUAUACACACACAUACCCUCUGGCGGCGACUGUCGUUUGAUUCUCAUGGAUUACGUUUGUGGAAGGCGCGCAUAGCGCGCGCCCGUGGGUGCUCCCUCGACAUUGCAAUCACACCUCCGCAGCAUCAUUUUCCCGAUAUGGACACGUUAGCCCUGCAACUGCAUCUUAUUGUCCCACACAUAUCCAGAGCCCGCUCGUUUGAGCUGCGGUUUUCAAGCUACACGCCGUUCAUAUGGAACACUGCUCUCGGUCCUAUAUGCCGCCGUCAAGAGCAACGUAAUGAUGAUAACAUGGACGGACAUCCUUUUCCUCCAUUGGUGCACGCGCUACAACUGGAGAGACUUGCUCUGUGUUUUCCAGAGAAUGAUGACACAAAGGAGUUUGCUCUUUUCGCGGGUGUUGCGCCUCGGUUGCAUCACGUUACGCUUGAUGGCAUUCGCCUGACCUGGCUGCCAGGGCUUUAUGGACGCCUCACUUACCUCGACUAUACUCAUCACAGAUUCACAACUGGGUCAACCGCCGUGACUGAAGUUCUAGGGAUACUUCGAAUUUCAUGCGCACUGCGCGAGCUUCGCGUGUGCUUUCGAAGAAGAAUGCUGGAUGGAGAAGUUCUGUACCUAUCUCAUGAUGAGGUUCCUGCAGGACAUAUUCACCUUCUGAAGCUCGAGCGACUUGUUCUUGCUGUUGAUGGAUCGGAUAUCGACAUGCCUCCCGAGCUUACAUCGCUCUUGUCCCGCUUUUCUGUGCCUAACCUUCGCGAACUACAUCUGGCUGACCUUCGCUGUCAACCCGCUAGUAGAGGCUGGCGGAAGACAGUGCCAUUUCCUGCACUCGGAGCCGCCCUGAGCCUUUUUCAAGUCACAGUACCAUCCAACAUUAAGGUUCUGGCGAUGGCGGGCCGCUGGGUAGAUCGCUCCUUCAUUCCUUCCCUCAUGAAACAUUUUAGAGAACUUCACAAAUUGGAAGUUGAUGGUGUUGAACAGGACCUUGUUCACAUGUAA